AUGUCAGAAGAGAACAUCGCAUCAGCUGGAGGCUUCUUGAGCCAUGCGCAGGAGAGCCGGUUGAUAGGGUAUUUGGAUGAACAUCUACUUCAGAUAUCUCAGAAGUUUCUUAAAAAGUUCCAUGAAGGCGGAUACCAAUCACUGCCGCCUCUCCUCGAAGACCUGAAGCCUUUACUACACCUUCUCGAGCAGACACCGACAAUCAACAUCAUUACUCAAUAUCUCCUACAAAUAACUGACGCGCUCACGGAUUGGAUUCACGCUUUCCCGCCAAGCCCAGAAGAUAUGUUCAAGAUGUUGGAGACGGUGGAUGAUAUGUGCGUCAGACUCGUGAAGGGUGAAAUGGGCGUCGGAGGACGAAAGAUGGGAACUACAGAAAGGGUACGACUGAAGAGCAUCGUUGAAAGAGGGCGGACGGCGGUGAUCUUGAAGAUGGAUCCGGUCGACGGAUGGGAGGUCGAGACAUCGAGAACAUACGAAGGUGUACUGGAGGAACUCGGAUGAAUCGGUAAUCAAAAUAAAUUCAGAGCCGGCAUUUGACCGAUGGCCAAGCUUUUCCCGCGCAUCCUCGGCUACGCGCCCCACACGGCCGCAGCAUCUGGUGCGCAUUGACCUCAUCGAUUUUCGCCACAAUCUGAGCCACCUUUGCGGAUCAUUGAAAUAGACCCCGUCGCCUCCGAUCACUUGGAACGGCAAUUCAAUUCAGAUCAAGUCAAUCAUGAAGUUCUUACAAACGUUUAUCACAAUCAACGCACUGCUGUUUGCAGCGGUGGAGGCGAGUCCUGUUGUCGAGUUCAGUGCGCAGGGUGAGG